UGUCGGCCCGGAACAGAGGCCGAGGGCGCCUCUGCGGUAUAAAUGGCUGGCCACGGCAGCUACCGGGGGUGCGCCGCUGGGGUCCCCUGGCGGUGAGCGAAGUCUCUGCCUGCCUGCCUGCUUGCUUGCCGGUCGGCCGGCCAGUUCCUGCCCGCUGCACCGCAGAGGCGCUGCGGAAACGCCACCCGGGGCGGCUCCAUGGCCUUCAUUCGGAAAAGACGGCAGGCGGCACAGCAGCUCUACUCCAAGGAGAGGUUUUCCUUGCUGCUGCUGAAUCUGGAAGAAUACUAUUUUGAACAGCAUACAGCUAACUACCUUCUGAACAAGGAUGGCAAGGAAAGAAGGCAAAUCAGAGGGUCAUUAAAAAUCUGCUCAAAAUCAGUGAUAUUUGAACCUGAUGAGAUAAACUACCCCAUUAUUAAGAUACCAUUGAGAGACUGCAUUAAAAUAGAAGCACCAGAAGAUGAUGAAAGAAGUAAUUCCUUUAGGGGGUGUAGACCUGGGCAGAUUUCUAUUUUAUCCAAUCAGGCUUUUUUCACUAAAGAGCAAAACAUCAUUGCGCCUUUUAAAAUGGAAAGAGGUGAAAGCGAAUAUGUGUUUCAACUGGAUGUUGCUGGAAAGGUUGAAGAUGUUGUACAUACCCUUCACCAGCUGUACAGGGCAUCUCGCUUGGAGAAGUUGGGAGACCAGGCUGCUAUGAUAACUGCUAUACUGCAAUCACGCUUGGCCAGGGCACCAUUUGAUAAGAACCGAUUUCAGAAUGUUUCUGAAACGUUGCAUAUGGAAUGUAAAGCUGAAAUGGUUACUCCAUUGGUGACUAAUCCAGGACAUGUGUGCAUUACAGACGCAAACCUGUAUUUCCAACCCCUUAAUGGCUACCCUAAGCCUGUGGUUCAAGUGAUGCUGCAUAGUGUUAGACGCAUUUACAAAAGAAGACAUGGCCUAGUGCCUUUGGGUCUGGAAGUGUUUUGCACUGAAAAUGAUCUGUGUUCAGACAUCUAUUUGAAGUUCUAUGACACACAAGACCGAGAUAAUGCCUAUUUCCACGUGGCAACAUAUUUAGGUUUAUAUCACUGUUUGUUUUUACAAAUUGCAAUGGAGAACCAUGUUGCAGAACACACAGCAGAAAGUUACAUGUUACAGUGGCAACGGGGGCAUAUUUCAAACUACCAAUACCUUCUUCACCUCAAUAAUCUGGCUGAUCGGAGCUGCAAUGACCUGUCCCAGUAUCCUGUAUUUCCAUGGAUUUUAGCAGAUUACUCUAGCUCAGAAUUGGACUUGACAAAGCCUGAAACGUUUCGUGACCUCAGUAAGCCUAUAGGUGCAUUAAAUAAAGAGAGGCUGGACAGAUUAUUGGCACGGUAUCGAGAAAUGCCAGAACCAAAGUUUAUGUAUGGCAGCCAUUACUCCUCGCCGGGUUAUGUUCUGUUUUAUCUUGUCAGAGUUGCACCAGAAUACAUGCUUUGUUUGCAAAAUGGAAAAUUUGACCACCCUGACAGAAUGUUCAACAGUAUUGCAGAAACCUGGAAGAAUUGUUUAGAUGGGGCAACAGACUUCAAAGAGUUAAUUCCUGAAUUCUAUGAAAAUGAUCCCAGUUUCCUACUAAAUAGUCUAAAACUGGAUUUGGGGAAGACACAAGCAGGAAAGGUGGUUGACAAUGUAGAGCUGCCCCCUUGGGCCACAGAUGCUGCUGAUUUCCUCCAGAAGAGCCGAGAUGCUUUAGAAAGCCAGUAUGUGUCUGAACAUCUCAAUGAAUGGAUUGACUUAAUCUUUGGCUACAAGCAGAAGGGAAAUGAAGCUAUUACUGCUCAGAAUGUAUUUCAUCCAUUAACCUAUGAAGGAGGAGUGGAUUUAAACAGUAUUAUGGACCCAAAUGAGAGAGUGGCUUUGUUGACUCAGAUCUUAGAGUUCGGGCAGACUCCAAAACAGCUGUUUACUAUCCCUCACCCUCGGAGGAUAAUCCCAAAGGUCAGAAGGUUAUCUCAAGCAUCUAGUCGCAGCCUUUCUACCACUGAAUCUCCAGUUUCUCCAAGUGAAGAAUCUUUUGAAGAUCUAACAGAGGAAAGUAUCGUGCUUGCCUGGAACAACAUGGCCAGAUUAAAACAGCAUGAGAAACACAAGAUUCAUAAAGGGACAAUCACAGGAAUUGCUGUGCCUUCCAGUCCCAGCCUAUCUGCUGUGUUCACUACAUCUCAAGAUUCAACCUUGAAGAUGUUUUCUACAGCGUCAAAAAUGCUUCAAAGGAGUGUAUCUUUCUCAAACAUGGCCUUGUCAUCUUGUUUAAUCCCACCGGGUGAUACCACUGUUGUAUGUUCUUCCUGGGACAACAAUAUCUAUUUUUAUUCAAUAGCCUUUGGAAGGCAGCAGGACGUGUUAAUAGGUCAUGAUGAUGCUGUCAGUAAGAUCUGCUGGCACAACGAUUGUUUAUAUUCUGCAUCCUGGGAUUCAACUGUAAAGGUGUGGCGUUGCAUUCCUUCUGAAGUAUUGGGCAGCAAGAAACGUUUUGAAUUGCUUGCUGAAUUAGAACACGAUGUUAGCGUCAAUACAAUCAACUUAAAUGAUGCAUAUACGCUCCUUGCAUCAGGAACUAAAGAAGGGACCAUUAGUAUCUGGGAUGUUACUACUGCCUCUGUGUUGCAUCAACUUGCAUGCCAUUCAGGGACUGUCUCUGAUGCUGCUUUUAGUCCUGAUAGUCGACACCUACUAAGCACAGGAGAUGAUGGCUACUUCAAAGUUAUGGAUGUACAAACUGGAAUGAUUAUAUCUUCUGUGGCCACAGGACAACCCCAAAGAUGUUUCAAGUGGGAUGGCAAUACUGUUUUAUCAGGAAGUCAGUCAGGAGAAUUGCUUCUCUGGGAUAUAGUUGGAGGAAAAAUAAUAGAAAAAAUCUCAGGACAUGCAGGUGCUGUGACUUCUAUGUGGAUGAAUGAACAAUGUAGCAGCAUAAUCACUGGAGGAGAAGAUAAACAAAUCAUGUUUUGGAAACAGCAAUACUAAGUGCCUUCUUCCUAAAGAUCAGUAUUUAAAAUGUUUUAAUAUGAACUUUUUAAAAGGACCUUGUCCGCAUCUGAUGAAGCCUGCUGCAGUUUAGAUAAAGAGCUUUGGCUGCCCCUUUCUCCUGUUGUUUAGCUGUAAGCUCUAAAUAUUAGUGUCAAAACUGCAAUUUGUGCUUAUAUUUUGUUUACGGAUGCCAUUUCAGCUUGGAAUGCUUGCCUAAAUACUCAACUGAAAAUAAAGACUUAUUUUUAUGUAA